AUGGGGUUUCGGUUUCUGAGGAAACUAUCGUCCACAGCGACCGGCCACAACAAUACUACUAGUACUACCAGCCACCAUCGCAAUGAGAGUUUUUCGAGUGAAGAGGAGAAUCGAUCUCCUCAGCAGCGUCGAGGUCGAAGCCUCAGUGUCAGGCGCAGGAGUAGUAUUAGUAGUAGCACCAAGCAAAAGUCUCAUCAUCAUCAAAAGAGUCGAUGGUCCGUCUUUCCUGUAACCCCUGCCAACCAUGUCAUUCACACAUCCCGAGCGACGCCCACAACCGCUCCCGAGACCAUUCGGGCCACAAAGGAGUCCCAUCAUCAUGAUCGUCAAGACGACAAUGAUGGCGGUGGCGGAGUGGAAAUGGUAUACCGCGAUUCCGUUCUCGCAGAGCAAGAGAGGAUUCGUCAACAACUCUUCUACGAGGAAGAAGGAGUCGAAGUCACGGCUGAAUUCAAACGACGAAGUUCCUCGCGGCCCCAUUCCAUCCGGACGUCACCUGUAGCGACACCAAGAAGAUCGCCGUCACUACCACAAUCCACCACUCGUAGUAGUAGUAGUACUCUGGCCAGAACUCCUACAUCCAGCAGCAGCAAAAAGAAAAAGAGAUCCUCCUCCUCGAAACGUUCCUCCAAGAAGGAUUCACCCCCUCUUCCUGACACUCCAACUUUGGACGACGAAGAAUCGGAUCCAGUCAAAUACUUUCCCGCCAUUCAAGCGGCUCAGGCAAAAGCUAAAGCAGCUGCCGAAGCUAAAGCCAAAGAAGCUGCUGAAGCAAAAGCCAUCAAACGACAACCUUCUGUGGCAUCGGCUUCUCUGCAAUCCUCCUCGGCUUCCACCAAAAAGAUUGCCACAACCAACACUAAAAAGAAGAAAAAGAACAACAAACCCAAAACAAGGGCAGCACCAAGUCCCGUUCCCUUUGAUGAAGAUCCUACCAUUAUGGAACUGGAAAAGGCAUUUUCCAAGGAUGUCACAGAUUGCAAUCCGGCGGCCGCCGGAUGCGGAAACCCUGCCUUGCCCACCACCAACGAAGAUGUAUCGCGACAAUUGCUCGAAGCCUUUAACUGCGGCGAUGAUUUCACAGAGUUUAGUGGGUCGGCCGUUCACCAUGCCAAACAACGAUCCUGUCGACUGGUGGAUGCCUUUUACGAUAAUACGUGUGGGAAUUACAGAGACGCCGUCCACAUGAAACGACCCUAUUACGAUGAACGGUUUGCGCAGCGGUUCAUAAAGGAUAUCAUGGAAGAAGGAUUGAACGUGCUUUGGCAUCUCCCCCCUUCCGACGAAGACUCCACAUUGGACAGUGCCAACUGGUCAGGACGAAGUGUUGUCAUGACCGUUAAAGCGGGGUCGAGUUACUCAACAAAUAGCAAUGACGUCAUGCCCAAAUUGUGUUGGACUACUCUGGGCGGGGGAAAGGAUGAGAGCAAACUAGCUCGGUGUCUUGUUCCUUUGCUCAAGAUUCAAUCUGUGUCAACGUUUCGGGAUGCUCCUCCCGUGGUGGGGUCUCUUGGUGAUGAAAUCAAAGAAGAGGAACUGACGGGAACGUCGUGCGGGGUCAAUUUGAAACCUGUGACUGUGGACGAGGAAGAUGUGUGUCUGUUUGCCAUUACCACCGAGGAAGGUGAUGUUCAAGUCUUUGAAGCGGCAUCAUCACGAGAACGUGACGUAUUUGUCACUGGUCUCAAAAAUGUGAUUGCUCGAUUGAGCUUUCAUGUCAUUGUCGGAGAUGCCGGUGCUUCCUCGGAGCUCUAUUAUCAACACGACAAGCAGUCGCCCGAGGGACAGUUGCCCUCGAUCCCCAGUAGUCCCGCCCAAAAUAUGAAUCGAAUUGCCCACGCACUGUUGGAUUGA